AUGUGUCACUCAUCAUCCAGCUUGGAACAACAACAACAGUUCAUUGUUGGCUCAGGUGGUGCAUCACCAUUGGGCAACUACCAAUGUGAUUCAUCUAUUGCAUUGGUAAUGUCUGCCUUUCAAGCAAUGGUCCAUAUUGAACCCAACCCAGACUUCAUUAUAUUCACAGGUGACGACCCUCCCCAUGUAUCAACGAAUGAACUCAAUCGCACUCUAGUGCUCCAAUCAAUCCAGAAUGUGACCAACCUCAUCACAUCACAUUUCCCCAACAUUCCAAUCUAUCCUGCCAUUGGAAAACAUCAACUAUAUCCUGGACCCAAUGAUUGGUUGUUCAAUAAUGUCUCUGAUAUGUGGUCUGAUUUGCUCACAGACCAGGCUCAACAGACAUUUAAGACUGGUGGAUAUUAUACAGAGUUGGUCGCACCUGGUCAACGAAUCAUAUCACUCAAUACUGUAUUCUAUUAUACAUACGACGUUCAAUGUGUCAAUGAGACCGACCCCGGUGGUCAGAUGGCAUGGCUGGCAUCAACACUAUCCUCAGCUCAAUCAAACAAUGAGAAGGUCUGGAUCAUUGGACAUGUUCCACCAGGCCAGAAUGAAAAGUAUGAUACACCAAACUUCCAUGCACAGUUCAAUGAUGUGUUUCUUUCGACAUUCGCCAAGUACUCGGACGUGAUUGUUGGACACUUCUACGGCCACGAGCAUAGUGAUGCAUUCAGGCUGUAUUAUGACAGCCCUCAGGCAGACUUCCGAAGCCAACCACCCACUGGCGUAAUGUUUGUGGCGCCCAGUCUAACACCAUGGCUCAAUCCAUAUGUCCCUGCACUGCCAAACAACCCAUCACUACGCCUGUAUCACUACGACCCCGAUGCAUACCUUAUAACCGAUUAUGAUCAGUAUUGGUCAAAUUUGGAACAGGAUAUUGUUGAGGGCGCCAUCACUUGGGAGCUGGAAUACCGUGCCAGCGAGUUCUUUUCCACGCAGUCGGCAGGAUUGAACGCUCAAUCAAUGUACAAAGCAUUACAAGAGAUGACCAUCAAUGAUACCAUGCUGGAGAUGUACACACUUUACAACUCGGUGAGCUACGAGUCCGAUGAUGAAUGUGACUCUGUAUGUCGCGCAGUCAUGUUGUGUAGCAUUGCCGCGCCAUACACCGAACAGUAUGGAUUGUUCAAGCAACUCUUGCUGUUACUCUUGGCGAUUGAGUCUAUGAGGAGGUCGAAGAACUUGUCGAUGUUGGCUUCCACUGCAACGUAG